GUUUGAAUUUGUCACAACUCACAACAAACCGAUACAACACUCAUUGAUAUUACAGCUCUAACAUAUUUCGUUCGGGAAUAUUGGUGGAAUAAUGCUGCAACCAAGGAUUUUUUGAUUCAGCAUUGUUUUUCAUUAAAAAAAAAAUCCGCUACUGGCACCAUAGACAUUAAAACUUCUUCUAACAAGUAAGGAACACGAUUUCAAGGACCGAAUGUUGGGUAGAGCAGCAACAUUGUCCACCUUGAAUGGAAGUGCACUUAAUGGAGGAGUUAGUAAAACGGGUGGUAGGCCGUCGCCGGGUGAUUUGGAAGUUGGAGAUGAGCAGAGCAGUAUUAGUUCGACCAGCAACGAAACGGAUGCUGAUGAGUACCACCUUCUGAUCGAUGAUUCAUGCAAAAAGCGAUCGGCCAAACGUUACGAGUUCUCACCAGUCACUAGAAGGGGCCCAACAUUGCCUGGACUGAAGCGGGGUGCAUCGUCAAUAUCGGCUGCGAGUUUCCGCUGCUCUAGGAAUAGAGCUUUCCUUAUCACGAUGGUAUUGUUCGGCUGUGCCACUGUACUGUUGAUGGAAGUCGUUCCGUUGGGCAGCGAGAAGGGACGUGUGGGGACCAUCGUUGGUUGGAGUGUGAAUACGUCCAGGCAAACGGUGAACUACGUUCUACCUGCGGAGAAUACGACUCUCCUGGAGCCGCUGAAUGUCUGUUCCACGGAGGAAAGAUCCGGCGACGACGGCGAGAACGAAAAAGUGUUCCUGCUCAUUGUGGUUUGCUCCUCGGCCAGUAACUUCGAAGCUCGGCAGACGAUUCGGGAAACGUGGGGUAAUGUGAGUGAGUUCAACUAUGGCCAGUUUGCGCGAAUGCACGCCCGGUUCAAGGGCGAGUAUCUGGAGGCGCGUUCUUUUGCAAAGAUGCAAGAUUACAUGAGAAGGGAGACUGACGACGGUUUCAUUGCACAGAACGAGCGAACCAGCAGAGAAAAGGAACAUACCAACUCCGACAGUAAGAGACCCGGCGACCAAUCUCAAAGUAACAAAUCUAGUCAUGAUUCUACCAACGAAACGGGAGCACCUUUGCCUACAGGUGCAGCCAAUGAGCGGCUGCCUUCUUUCAAUGUGAAGGUGGUGUUCUUGUUGGGACAGUCGGAGGCGGAAUAUUUGUACCAGCAGACCCUAAGCAGGCUGAGCAAGCAUGGUACCGUUGUAGCGACGUUACCCUCGAACCAGGAUGAUGCGGUGGAACGUCAGACACUUGUAGGUGCCGUUGCGGAUGACGCAGAUCCGGCUAUAAAUGCAGCAGAGUUGGAUGAGGUACAGAUGAGAGUGGUAAAUGAAAGUGAGAUGUAUGGUGAUAUCAUACAGGAGAGCUUUAUCGAUAGUUAUAACAAUUUGACGUUGAAGACAAUCAUGAUGCUGAAGUGGGUAGUCAACAAUUGUGACGGAAGAGUAAAAUAUAUCGUAAAAUGUGACGACGAUACGUUCGUUAACGUUCCGAACUUACUGCAAGUGUUACUGGGAGGAACAGUUCCUCUGUACAAGGCUUCGAUUCCAUUCUACGAUCGAAAUACUAUAGCUGUAACGGCAAAGAAAAAUCGUUUGGUUGAGGUAAAACGAUUGCUGACAGGUUUCCUCUUCUGCGAGGUGAAACCUAUCGCUGAUACUAGUAGCAAGUGGUAUUCACCAAACUACAUGUACAGCAAAGAGUUUUACCCACAUUACCUGUCCGGUGCAUCAUACUUGAUGAAUCUGGAAGCAGCCAAACUGCUGUACCGGACGUCGUUGACGACACCGAUUUUUCAUUUGGAGGACGUUUAUCUGACUGGUAUCGUUGCCGAUCGGGUGAAGCUGCACCGCUACCAUCAUCCACUGUUUUUCUACUCAUAUACCAAGGAUCUCUGCGCCCUGCGGGGCAUGAUCUCACAGCACCAGCUGCAACCGGGCGAUAUACGUAGUGCCUAUGACUUCGUUACCAACGCUACCGUUGUGUGCAAGGGACCGGAACCAAAUUUCAGCAUGGCCAGGAUGAAGCUGCAGCAGCGCAAAAAGUGUCAAUGACAUAGAGUGCCCCGCCGUGGCAACAGCAGCCCACGCGGAUAAAGUAUCUCCAUCCCGUUGAAGUCAUUCGAAUCCUCUAGUUUUUUUUUGCUUAGUAACAUAUUGCCACUAUUCCUUUUUAUUUCUAGAAAUCGUGAUUUCGUUUUUAAAAAAAUAGUUCCGUGUUUCCUAAGGCGUUUUGAUUCCAAAUAUCGUUAGUUAGAUUGCAAGUUUACACUACACUGGCCUCUGAAGUGUGUAGAAAAUUUGAAUAGCCAAGCAAACAUAGUGUUGUUGAAAAACAAAAAAAAAACAUUUUAAAAUGUUACAACUUAUCUAUUUUCACUAGUAUUUAUCAAUUGAUGCGAUGCGAGGUGUGAGUGAAACAAAAACUUUAGCGAAAAAUGUUGCAUUAUUGUUAGUAACACAAUGCAUAAAUAUCUUGAAAAGACGCAAAACGUAAGAUAUUAAAUCAUUUGAUUCAGCUGUGAUUUGAAAAAAAAAAUAUUUUAGAUAGAUUUACAAGAAACAUUAGAAUAAUCAAUAAUAACACCUAGAAUCUUCAAUUAGUUAUACUAAAUGAAGCGAGAAAAAGGUAGUAAAAGCCGACUCCACUGAUCAUUAGUCAAAUCGUAGGAGAUUACAACUGCUUUGUUGCGCAUUAAAUCCCAUCGGUUUUUCCUGUUAGUAUUUUGUAGUCAUCUUCUAAGAGGCCAUGACGGAAGUUCCCAACGUAGUACCCGAGCACAGCUCGGAGAUUAUCUAUCUUACCAGGCACAAUGCGUUGACCUUCAAGCUGGUCAGUACGCAGAAAAUAGUUCGGUUGGUUAUAAGCACACUAAUGGAAAAUAUUGCACAACACGAAAAACAGCAACCGUUAGAUUUCGUGGUCUCAAAUGCAGUUUUCACUGUUUUAGUUUAAAAAAACGUCCUUUACAACGCUUAUCAUUACCGGGAAUGUCUAAUAUCCUGAGAGUUUGCAUCCUAUUCAAUCUCUUCCCAAUCGGUAUACUGUGCUGAGUGUCAACGAAAGAGAGAAAGAGAGAGAGAGAGAGAGAAAAAGAGAGAGAGGGAGAGAGAGACAGCACUAUCGGUUAGAACCGUCUAAAUCAGCCUUAAAUUGCUUUGAAGACACAUACUCUGAAAUGCUGUGACAUUUAGUUCAUAUCGUCCUAGGACCUAGUUUGUUAACGAUAAAGAAAUACAGUCGUCAAAGGAACACA